CAGAAAGAAUUCUGAAAAUCCUCUCAUCUUCGCUUAUGAACCUAACCUAGCCUCUCUCUCUGCGUCUCGACCUUCUUAUUCCUUCGUGGACCUCCUUUGAUUUGGCCCAGCCCAAUCCGUUGUAAUUAACUUGAUUCCCGUUUCUUUUUUUAUUUCUUCAAAGUUUUGAGGAGUGAAGACUGAAUCAUUAUUUAAAGAGUUGAUUGUUAGAUGUGAUUAUUUGCAGUUGGAGAGUGGAAAGGGACAAACUUAAAAGGCUAUCAUCCUGUAUCCACCAGUUCAUUAGAUCUGUUGGAUCACUUUCCCCUUAACAACAAUAAAUCCUCUGAUACACGGAGUAAAAUGUUCAUAAUAGGAUAUAUGGAUUUACAUGUUGUAAAAUCCAGUUUGAGGAUACAGGACUCUUUUGUUCUCUCUUCCUCUCUUUGAUUUUGCCUGAUACUAAGAUUCUUUACCUUCUCAUAGACGGUGUGACCCAGUUCUUUAGGUGACCAAGUUCUUUAGGCUCCUACAAGGUUACAUGGAGGAUUCAGAGCAAAGGAAGAAAAGGCUGAAAGAAAUGCGCAUGCAAGCUGAUCAAGCUGAAGUUUCUGGUGGUGUUGAAGGUUCCCCAAUGCCCGGUUUUCUCUCAAAUCCCCUGAUUGAAGCUCCUUCAACUAUGCCAUCACAGGAUAGAUCAUAUGCUGCUCCAAGGUUUGACUAUUAUACUGAUCCAAUGAGUGCAUUCUCUUCUAACAAAAGGUACAAUGCCAGUAUCCAGGCUGCACCAGAUAAUUUCCCUCCUUCAAAAUUUGGUGGUUCUCCUGUGGCACAAUAUUCAUCACCACAUCCAGAAUCAACAAAUCCACAGGUGACUCCGCCUCCUAAUCAACUAUCGCCAGCUGCAUAUAGAAACCCAGUCUGGAGUGGACCUAAAGAACCUCCUCACUAUAAUUUUUCAUUCCAUCCGUCAAGUGGUGGUGCUAAUGCAAGUCCUAGAUUUGAACCAUCAGGUGGUCCAUCAUAUAACUCUACACAGGGCAUAGCUCAUCGGCCUAGUUUCAAUCAUAAUAACUAUGCACUGGGAACUGCUCAUAUUCCCAAUUUCAGUCCUAAUAACCCUGCACAGGGCAUAACUCAUCGGCCUAGUUUCAGUCCUAAUAACUAUGCACAGGGCAUAACUCAUCGGCCUAGUUUCAGUCCUAAUAACUAUGCACAGGGCACUGCUUAUAUUCCCAAUUACAGUCCUAAUAAUCCUGCACAAGGCAUAACUAAUCGGCCCAGUUACAGUCCUAAUCCUUCUCCAGGAUACAGGAACAGUCCUAGCCCUGUUCAAGGGCGAGGGAGGGGUUUCUGGCGCAACACUGGAAGCCCUGUUUCAGGACGGGGUAAUUUUCAUGAUUACAGGUCCAAUGAAAACAUAUCUCGUGGUCCAGCUCAAUUUUACAAGAGUUCCAUGGUUGAAGAUCCAUGGAAGCAUUUAGAACCUAUAAUAUGGAAGGCAAAUAGUGGUUCUUUAAAUACGACACAUAUACCUAAGAAUUCAAAACCCUGGAUUUCAAAAUCAACUAGUACAAAAACGGAGGGAUCAUCUGCUGCUCCUGCUUCUGACAAGUUCAGUUCUGAACCAAGCCUUGCUGAGUACUUGGCUGCUGCAUUCAAGGAAGCUGCCAAUGAUGCAGAAAAUGCAUGACGUUUCAUGAAGGGCCCAUCAUGAUGUUACAAUGGGAAAAGAUGGUCCAACCAGUGAAAAACUGAAUAAAUUUGUAGUCAUUUAAUAGAUGAAUGCCGAGGAGUCAGCUGUUUGGCGUUACUGUUUGUACUAAUACACCUAACAUCUUGAAAUUUUUUUAGUGUAGUGUCCGGGUUACUGGCAUGGUCUGAUCAGUAGACCUCCAAUUGUGUACUAUCUGAAAUGCACUGUAAAUGUACUAGAAAAGUAGAAUCUGCAAAACUAUAAUCACCUGUUGAGCGCUGUCAGCAUUUAAUGGUACGCUAGGGUAUUAUGGAAGUGUUUUUCUUAUAUUAAUUAAUAUCACCAUGG